AAACCAAGAUCCAAAUCAUGUUACCAUGGCCCAUCACCCAUUAGAUUUCCCCAACUUGUUCCACCCUUUAAUUCUCUCCAUUUUUUCCUUCUUUUCAACCAUAAAUUCUUCUCAUUUUCCCACUCAAAAUUCAUCUUUAUUUCUCACAGAUCCAAGAUCCACCCUAUUUAGAUCCAAAGAUGUCAACUUUCCAUUAAAGAUCCAUCAAAGAGUGUAGAGUGUAAUUAGCUUGAUACUUUACACGAAUAGCCAUGUCGAGAAGGCCGGGAAAUGGCACGCGUCGCUUUGUCGGUGGUGGGAGCAAUCCACUAGGAGGAAUAUUUCACUCGAAAACACAGACAUCUCCUCUAUUAUCGGUUGUUCUUGUGUUACUUGGAACGGUUCUUGUGAUCGGCUAUGUUUACAAAGGCUCAGGUGGAUCGGGGGACUAUAAAUCAUUUAGCAAGGUUCAAGGUGACUUUAGUUGCACGUAUGAUGUCCAUAUGGCGAUACCUAUUUUAAAGAAAACAUAUGGUGAUAGUAUGCACAAAGUAUUACACGUGGGGCCCGACACUUGCUCGAUAGUAUCCGAACUGUCAAAAGAAAAAGACACUGAAGCAUGGGGCGUAGAACCGUAUGAUAUUGAGGAAACCGAUAAGUCUUGUAGAAGCCUUGUGAGAAAGGGUCUUGUUCGUGUAGCUGAUAUUAAGUUUCCAUUACCAUACAGAGCUAAAUCGUUUUCUCUCAUUAUAGUUUCUGAUGCCAUUGAUUAUUUAUCUCCUAAAUACCUCAACAAAACCCUUCCAGAUUUGGCAAGAGUUUCGGCUCAAAAUAUUGUUAUAUUCACAGGUAAACCUAGUAAUUCAAAAGCUAAUAUUCCACAAGCAUCAAGAUUUGGACGCCCGGCUAAAAUGCGGAGCGCGUCUUGGUGGGCCCGGUUUUUUGUUCAGACAAGCCUUGAGGAGAACGAAACAGCAGCUAAAAAGUUUGAUCAGGCUGCUGCCAAGAGUUCAUACAAGCCAAAAUGCCAAGUUUUCCACUUGAAUUCUUACCGUUGAUGGUGAGAUGCUAACUAUUUAUAAUCGUCUUGGUUGGAUUCUUUUUCGGCAAAAAAGAAGACUCCAGCUCCCAUAGAUGUAGCUCUGUUGUUCUUGGUUCAAUUUGGUGGAAGAUGUUAGUUUCGUCACCACUUUUAUGCUGUUAUUUAUACCAAUUCAUUAUAAUUUCAUGAACUCAAUUCAAUAGUUUUAUAAUUAUUCAUUUAAAGACAUAGAACAAGUUUUAUAAUACUUUUGUUUCAAUGAUAA